UCGUUUGAGGACUUUCAGCUGGACUUCUGUCUAAUUCAGCAAUCUACAGUUCUUUAAUUUUGACUCUUCAGAAGCCACAUAAAUGAAUUGUCUGUUCAGUAAUUUAGAAUAUCAUAGAUGAGGUACAAUAGUAAGAAUUCAAAACAGAAUAGCGUGAUUUUGAUAAGAGAAGAAAAAGAUGUAAAAGAGGAGACUGCUAUGGUUGUAGGAUCACGGAAUGCUCAAAGACAAAAGGAACUUGAAGGAUUGGUAGGAACUGCGCAGGCAAGAACAAUCACCAUGAGCAGAAUGGCAGGAGUAGGGAAGCAUCAUUGGAUUUUGGAAUUAUCAGCUGGUCCAGUAGAACUAGAGUGUAGGGCACAUAAACAAAACUGAAAGUUUCGUUAGCUCUUUUGUUAGUUCGGGGCUUGAAUGAAGGACUGAACGGGUCUGUGGACCAGAGAGACCCAUUUAAAUGUGGUUGGGAGCAGUAGUUCCGUACUGGAUGAAUGAAUACACCUCAUCCAUUGGAAUUGGAGUUUUCCAUUCAGGAAUUGAAGUAUAUGGCAGAGAAUUUGCUUAUGGUGGCCAUCCUUAUCCCUUUUCUGGAAUAUUUGAAAUUUCUCCAGGAAAUGCUUCUGAACUAGGAGAAACAUUUAAAUUUAAAGAAGCUGUUGUUUUAGGGAGCACUGACUUCCUGGAAGAUGACGUAGAAAAAAUUGUGGAAGAAUUGGGAAAAGAAUACAAAGGCAAUGCCUAUCAUUUGAUGCAUAAAAACUGCAAUCACUUUUCUUCAGCUUUAUCAGAGAUUCUUUGUGGGAAAGAGAUUCCUCGCUGGAUCAAUCGACUUGCCUACUUCAGCUCCUGUAUACCCUUUCUACAGAGUUGCCUCCCGAAAGAGUGGCUCACUCCCGCAGCCCUGCAGACUAGUGUCAGUCAGGAGCUCCAGGAUGAACUGGAGGAAGCGGAGGAUGCUGCGGCAUCCGCUUCCAUGGCAAGCUCCACAGCAGGCUCCAGACCUGGGCGCCACACUAAGCUAUAAAUGUCUCCAAAGUCACACAUUCAGAACUGUCUCUGGCAGUUGAAUAUCACUAGAGAAAAGUAAAAGAGUAAAACGUCCUUUGGAUAUUUUGUAUGCAAAGAUGGCUCUCCCCCAAAAUCCCAGUUUUUCAGCUCAGGAUUAUAUUUGUAAUCAAAAAAAAAAAAAAAAUCACUUGGCGCAGGAGGGAGAACUUUGUAUGAAGCUGCCCUCUGUUUUUUUUACCCACUUGUAAAUUUGGAUUUACUUCUGUUUUAUACAAGCUCUGUUAAGUUAUGUUUACAGUAUUUUGUAUCGCUGUUUACAAAUCUUGCAUGGACUCCUGCCACCGUGAAAGAAGAAAAUCUUCAUGUCUUCAAAAAUUAGGCAGGUAUCUUUGUAUAUUUCUGACAAUUGCCAGAGCUAUGGCAUAAGUAAUAGGCACACACAAAGGUACUUACACAGUUAUAGUCGCCAUCACCUGCUUAAGAAUUGUCUUUUAGGUUUCUGUUUGUUUCUGUUAACAUUUUAGCACCAGGAUGCAGAGAGGAAAGAGCACAGCCUUGAGGGCAUGGCACCAUACAGGAGAGGUGGCCCAACCCUGGGCCAGCGCCUCCGCCAUAUCUCCCGGGGUUCCCAUCAAAAACUGCUUUCUUACCAGGCAUCUGUCCACCCAAGCAAGGUGGCACUUUCUUGUGUCUGUCUGACUUGGCUGCCUCUAAUUCUGUGAUUAAGAUGGUUUUUGUUAAAGAUAUUUUUGCUGGUAACUGACAAGUGUUUUUGCACAUGUGUUGAGGCUUCAUUUUUAUUUUAAUAUAUACUGAUGGCCUCUCUGCACAGAAUUUUGUUGCUGGGCACAGGAUAUCCUAUGUGGUAGCCUUCUGAGUAGCAGUAUGAGUUGGUAUUCAACUGCUUUUAAUUAUUCAGGCUGCCUUUUAUAUUAAACCAUGAAAAUUACAGUCUAAAGUAACACUCCAAAAGGUAAUUCUUCGCUAUUUAAAACAUUUUAUGUACUACAUCAGAAAGUAUGUUGGAGUUUGUUAUGGGAGUAGUUUCACCUCAUAAUAGAAAACCUAGACACAUUAACCUCUUUUUGAAACGUCAUAUUUGUGUGUCUAAAAAUGCAUCUUUUUCUGUUCUCUCUAAUGUAUGUCUCUAACAUCACAUAGUCUACAAAUGAAAUUGUCACCACAUAUAAGUCCUCAUUAGCAAGGAAUCUGUCUGCUCAAGUCUGCUCCCAGCUUGACCCUUGGAUGUAAGAGCCAAGUCAUUACAUGUCACAUUCAAUUUUUCUGCCUUAAGAAUGAAUGUCCUAUGUAAAAUAUUCGAUGCAGUGUAUAAAUUAUCCAAGGCAGUGACUUCAGCUUUAUAUAGAUUGCUAGUUUUAAAAUCAUCUACUUUUAUUUAAACUUCUAGAUUGGAUUAUUUGCUAUUGCUCUUUGUAAAAAUACAUAUCUUUCAGUAAACAACAUUUUUAACUUUUCCAUAAGCUGAUUUUGAUUCUUUAUAUCAACUUAAGCACACCCUGCACAUAGGGAAAAUAAACCUUGGGUUAUAAGCAUUGACCUGAGGAAAAUGAAGCCACUUAACCUAAUUCAUGCUUCUGACUGUUUCUGGAAAAGAAAAUCUUUGCAAAUUAUUCUCAGUUCUCUAGGAGGGCAGAAUACUUGUCUUAAGAGAUAUGACAGAAAAUAAAAAGGAAUACAAAUUCUUUAUGAAAAAUUGACUUGAUUCAGGUCUAAAAAUAAGAUUUAGAAUUUAACACUAAGGCUCUAGCAGUGAAUUUGUUCACUAAAAGAAGAGUCUUUUCACCAAAAUCCAGGUUAGUGAAAAAUAUUUACAGUUUGCUUGGGGAUUUUUUUUUGUAAUAGUGUGGUAGAUUGCAGUUUUUCUAAUAUUCAAUUAUUCAUGAUUUAGAUCUAUGCUAUUGGCACACGUAAAGGAGUGGCAAUUAGUUUAUACACUUCUUGGUAAUAUGCAGGAACAUCCUGUCUCUGUUUAUGUAGAAUCUAGCACCUCAGCACAUACAUUGUUUUGUUAUAUUUACAUUUGUCUGCAGCAUUUGGAGUUUAAAAAUAGUGUAAGGGGUCUUAGCGUAGUAAUGGUGACCUAAAGCCUACUAUUAUACUAACAGUCAGCAGAAAAAAUUUUGGACAAGAGAUUGCUUGCAAUUUAAUUAAUUGUACCUGAGGUUGAAAAGUAACUAUCUUCAAAAUAAUGUCUCUAAGUCUAUUCUUUCUCUAUAGUUCAAAAUUGAGAAUGGACAUAAAUAACUAACAUUUAAUCACCUUCUCCUUGCCAUUGGAGGAAAAGAUUCUCAACCUGAUCUCUGUUAAGAGAAGUCCUAUAUCGAAACUCCAGUUAUUAAGAUACGUUGAUAGGAUAGAAUCCAACAUUUUCUCUUUAUAGGUAUAACCAAGUGAAACUUACUUCUCGUGGUGGGUUGGGCAGUAAUAUAGGAUUAGAGGGUCAGAAGCUGCUGGUUUCUACUGUUUUAAAUGUCCAUGGGGGGUUUUGUAACCCUAAGAAAGAGGCAUCAGCUUUGGAAAAUAGCCUGUGGAACUGUAGAAGGCAGUGGUACUACAUUAGAGAAACUCCACUCGACGCCUGAAAUCCAACUAACUAUUGCUCUGACCCACAGCAAUAGCGUAAGUUACCUUCACCAGCAUUUGUACAGAGCAGGGAAUUCUGGUUUUAGCCAGUUGAUAGCAUUGUGUGUAUGAGGAAAUUCAAAGCAGCAGCUGCAGGACUCUAUAACCAUGGCUUCUUUCCAUCACAAAACGGGUAGAAACACAUUCACUGCUUCAGGGUUCUAAUCUAUGUCUUCUUCUGACUCCAUUUCUGUAAGAUAUUCUGUAAUUUGACAGUGCUGUAUUUUCUUUCCAUAACUAAUGGACUCGGUUUUGUUUGGCAAGUUGGCCCUACUGCCAUUGUAUCCCCUUCUCUUUAAUACGGUUUUAGCGUGUAGCCCAGUUGUUAAAACUUUCAUUGUCUACUCGUCAAUCCACAUACAUCUUCACUGUUUGAAAGGUGUUACAGCUGUUAAAGAAUCUUCAUGAACCUGAAGAUAAUUUCUUGUGAAGUUAAAUGCAAAUGUACUGUCAUUCAUAGUGUUUAUAUAAAAACAAAAAAUACCAGGAAUCUUCACUUUUGCUACCUUGAUAAAGCAUUGGGCUAUCAUGUUAACAACAUUGAAAUACAUCAAUUUAUUAAAAAAAAUACUUUUAUAAGAAAU